GCCCAAGACAACAAUCAGACCACUCGAAGUAGUUAACAAGACUCACAAAAACAUGACGAAGAAGAAACAAGAACAACCGAAGAAGCCAAAAGAUCCGGAGCUUCAAGAAUACCAAGUCAACCAGGAGCAAACUAAUAAGUACUUGGAUAGUAGCCACAACCCAGCUGCAACCAAGAAACUUAUUCGAAAUGAAGCAAAUGAUUGGAAGAAAGCAACGCAAAACAACAAGAAACUAUCGAACCAUCUCGCCGGAAUCGCCAAGUCGAAGUUAAAAUCGAUAGAAAAGGCACAGGAACAUGAUAACCUACUACUCCUAAAUCAGAAUCAAACCAAUGGAAACCUGUUGGAACCAGAGAACAAACUGGAAAAGACUUGGAAAUUCAAACAAUCAGACAUCAAAUCAUCCACUAAUCUCCACAACUCAUUGAAAAGCUUCAAUCUGAACUUGAAAGAUCCUAACAGCGGGAUCGGCGGACCAUUCAAAUUUGACUACAACCGGAACGGGAACUUCUUGGCUCUGAUCGACCAGAAGGUCGCGAAAUAUUCGAACAUCAAUCUCAAAUCUCUCAAUUUAAUCUUCGAAAUCGGCCUAUUGAAUGAACAUCUGAGGGCGGUUAAAUGGCUACACAAUCAAUCUUUCAUGGCGAUUGCCCAAAAGAGAUACGUGUACAUCUACGAUGGCCAUCAAGGAUCGGAAUUACAUCAAUUACGGGGGCACGUCGAAGUAACUCAGAUGGAAUUCUUACCCUACCACUUCCUACUAACGACCGUCGGAUUACCAGGGUGGUUGAAGUAUCACGAUACGAGUACCGGCCAAAUCGUUGCUCAACACGCCACAAAACUUGGUUCAUGCCAUACGAUGACCCAAAACCCAUUCAAUUCGAUCAUCAAUCUCGGCCACCAAAACGGAACGGUGACACUCUGGAGUCCCUCUGUCAACCAACCGCUUGUCAAGUUUCUAGCUCAUCUCGGUCCGGUCACCAGUCUAUCGGUUGAUCCAUCCAGCUCGGGUAACUUGCUCACGACCACCGGCCUCGAUGGUAGCCUGAAAAUUUGGGAUACCCGAAAUUGGAAAACCCUGACCUCAUGGACUUUGAAGAAACCCGCCAAAACGACGGCUUGGUCGCAGAAGGGACUCUUGGCCGUUGGAUGGGGUGCGCACGUCUCGGUUUACUCGGAUAUCGGCAAAUCUGAAUCAAAGAAAGGCGCCUACAUGAAUCAAUUGUUCCCAUCUCAAGAAGUCGAACAAGUCCAGUUCUGUCCGUUUGAAGAUCUACUCGGAGUCAGUCAUUCUUCGGGCUUCUCUCAGCUGAUUAUCUCCGGUUCGGGUGAAGCCAAUUUCGAUAGUCUGGGAAGCUCGAUCCAUUCGAAACUAAGACCCGGGAAGAAAGAACGAGAAGUCCAUAAUGUCGCGGUUAGAACUCCUUUAGGGCUGAUCACUAAAGCGUUCUAA